AUGGCUUCACCUCUAUCUCCCGUUUCUGCCCAGAGCACCGUCUUUCCCAGGAGCCAUGUUGGUUUCGAUAGCAUCACUUCUCAGAUCGAGCGGAAGCUGCUCAAGCGUGGCUUUCAAUUCAACGUCAUUUGCGUUGGCCAAACGGGACUGGGCAAGUCAACUUUGAUCAAUACCAUCUUCGCAUCCCACCUGAUUGAUUCAAAGGGCCGUUUGAGGCCAGAUGAGCCCGUCCGUUCCACUACCGAAAUUCAAGCGGUCUCGCAUAUCAUCGAAGAGAACGGCGUACGCUUGCGCUUGAACAUCGUUGACACCCCGGGUUAUGGUGACCAGGUUAACAAUGAUAGAUGCUGGGACCCAAUUGUCAAGUACAUUAAGGAUCAACACUCCGCAUACCUCAGGAAAGAACUUACCGCUCAGCGUGAGCGGUAUAUCCAGGACACCCGUAUCCAUUGCUGUUUGUUCUUUAUCCAGCCCUCUGGACAUGCUUUGAAACCAAUUGAUAUCGUCGUCCUCAAGAAGCUCUCCGAUGUUGUCAACGUUGUCCCUGUCAUCGCCAAGUCUGACUCCUUGACCCUUGAGGAGCGAAUGGCCUUCAAGGAAAGGAUCAAGGAAGAAUUUGCCUUCCACAACCUCAAGAUGUAUCCAUAUGAUAACGAUGAAUUGGACAACGAGGAGCGGGCCGUUAACGCUCAAAUCAAGGAUAUCAUCCCCUUCGCCGUCGUCGGAAGCGAAAAAUCCAUCAUCGUCGCCGGCAAACAAGUUCGCGGCCGCCAGAACCGCUGGGGCGUGAUAAACGUUGAGGACGAGAGCCAUUGCGAAUUCGUCUACCUCCGCAACUUCCUCACCCGUACCCACCUCCAGGACCUGAUCGAAACCACCAGCCAGAUCCAUUACGAGACCUUCCGCGCCAAACAACUGCUGGCCCUCAAGGAGAGCAGUGCCACUGGCCACUCCAGUGGCAGCCGACCGAUAAGCCCAUCUACAAACAGGGAAUUGAGCAGGAGCUCUCAAAGAAUGAAUAUGAACGGCUAUAACUAG